UUUUCCAACGAAACACAUACAAACUUAAGAGUUAAGACAGUUCUAAACAAAAUCAACAGACAUAACAGAAACACCCACUGCGGAGUUUUUAGGAGGAGGUAGAUCCAGAUCGGAAGGGAGGGAUCCCACCCACAGGACCAGGCUCCGUUCGUCUCCUUCACUAUCCUUCCCAAAAAUCCCUCUGUUCAGGAGAUUACCUAAAGCAAGCAGGAAACAGAUACAGAAAAAUGAGCCUCUUUUCAAUCACCGUCGACCUCCAAAAAAUGUUCUCCUUCGUCAACACCACACCACCUUCAAAAACAAGCCAAAACAAAACAAAAAAACCCCCCUCCUUCUUUCUAACCAAAACCCUCUAUUUAUACCCAUCAAGGACCGAGCUUCAUCUUGCUGAAAAACGAAAAAAAAGGUGCCGAGGAGAAUCGGACAACCAGAGCAGGUACAAGAUCGGGUUGCAAGAUUGCGUUUCAGCCGGGGAUUGCACGAUUGGGGCAUAGGUGAUGAGUGCAAAUCAGCUCGGGUAGAGGAGGGGUGAUGAGUGCAGACCUGGGCUUGGGCAGAGGAGGUUGUAGGCGCGCAGGAAGUAGGGCGUGUAGGCGUGCAGGAGGCAUGAUUACCGGUGCGCAGAGUGCAAGGCACGGGCGUGCAGGGGGCGCAGGCGUGCAGCAGCAGGAAGGUGCAGGCGAUCUGGGCGCAGAGCAGGGAGCAGGGGCGUAGGUGCAAGGCGCGGGCGUAGGUGCAGGGCUAGUGCAGCUAGGCUGGGCGUGCGAGGGGGCGAUGAUGGCUCGGUGCAGAGGAGCUGGGCGCGGUGCAGAGGAUCUGGGCUGUGCAGGGGGUAGAGGAAGCUGGAGAUUGAUGCAGAGGAGGGUGGAGGCUGAUUCGGGAGAGAGAAAAGUAAAAGAAAAAUGGAAGGAGGUUCUGGAGAAAAAAAAGAUUAUUAUUAUUUUUUUUUUGGGUUAAAUGGGUUUGGUAUUUGGGCUUGGGUUUGGGUAAUUGUUGGUUUUGGAUUUUUGGGUAAUUUUUGGUUUUGUGAUUUUGGGCUUGGGUAGUUGGUAGGCUUUGGGUUUUGGGUAAUUGGGUUUGAGUUUGGUGGGUUUUGGGCUAGACUUUGCAUUUCACCCCUCCAACUUUCCAUUUCUUCAAUUGAGUCCUUUCUCGAGUUUCCUUUCCCAUUUCCUUCUUGAAUUUCCCCUUUUGCACCUGAAAGAAACAUGAAGAUGUAUU